AUGAGUAAAGCAACGAAACAGUUGCCACACGAGCGCCGGAAGGGCGAAGCGGCCCUCAGCGAGUUCGCCGAAUUUGUCGAGAAGCAACAGGCCCUGCGAUAUCCCGCCUCCAAGCCCACCAAUAACAAUGCAACUGCUGAGGAGCACCACGAGGAGCUGGACAUUCUCGACUCGUUAAAUCUUGAAGACUCCGAGCCACAAGUACCGCUACGCGACCUGCUUCUAUCCGAGCGCGACGAGAACCUGGACAAGUUGGUACAUAUCAUCGAUGAACGGUUACAAGAGGGCCAUGGUGAAGCUGUGUUCGACGUCGGGUUCGAGAACAAUGGCGAAUCUAUGCGCUUGACGAAACCAGACUGGGAGAAGGCUCUGACCCGACUAAAACAAGCUGCGAAAAGGCUACGAGCAGACUGCGAUAUCCUGCUGACCAAAAAUAUUGGCGGUGAGAAGGAGGCCGAGUCCGUAGCAACCGGGAAGGACAAGGACAAAGACUGCAGUGGGAAGGUGUUGAUACGGCAGGCCCCUCCAACGGCAGAGAACGUUAUCGAGACCCGGAUAGCAGUUGUCGGAAACGUCGAUGCUGGGAAAAGCUCAAUGCUGGGUGUCCUUGUCAAGGGUGACCUAGACGAUGGACGAGGGAAAGCUCGUGUCAAUCUCUUCCGGCAUAAGCACGAAAUCGAGACGGGCCGUACCAGUUCCGUUGGCAUGGAGAUUAUGGGGUUCGACACAAUGGGCAAUACCAUCACAUCUGACACUCCCGGCCGGAAACUGUCUUGGGAGGAAAUUGGCAAACGCAGUGCCAAAGUCAUCACUUUCACUGAUUUGGCUGGCCAUGAAAAAUACCUGCGCACUACAGUCUUUGGCUUGCUUUCCAGCAGUCCCAAUUAUUGCUUGCUCAUGGUUGCUGCCAACAAUGGCUUGAUCGGCAUGAGCAAAGAGCAUCUCGGCAUUGCCUUGGCCUUGAACGUCCCUGUCAUGGUCGUCAUCACCAAAAUAGAUAUCUGUCCACCGAAUAUUUUGGAGCAGACUAUCCAGCAGAUCACCAAAAUUCUCAAAUCCCCCGGAGCCCGGAAAAUCCCAAUAUUCAUCCGAGACCGUGAAGAGUGCAUCAACACCGCUACACAGUUCGUCAGUCAAAGAAUUUGUCCCAUAUUCCAGGUGUCCAACGUCACCGGAGAAAACCUUAACCUAGUGCGGACCUUCCUGAAUAUAUUGCCUCAUCAUGGUCGUUAUGACGCGGACGCCGAUUUUGAAUUUGCUAUAAACGACACCUUCUCAGUACCUUUCGUUGGCACUGUUGUUAGUGGAAUCAUCAAAUCGGGAGUCCUGCACGCCGGUGAUAAUGUCUGGAUCGGCCCUGACAGUAAUGGCAACUUCACAGCCACCAAUGUGCGAUCGAUUCAAAGAAAACGUCUAGAUGUUCCUGCUGCGUCGGCUGGCCAGUCUGCUAGUUUUGCACUCAGAAAAGUACGGCGAAAGGAUGUACGUAAAGGAAUGGUAGUUUUGCCGAAGGUGGAGGGCGUGCCGCCUCCAAAAGUUACACAAGAGUUUGUUGCCGAGGUCCUAAUCUUGUCCCACGCGACCACCAUUAAAACAAAGUACCAAGCCAUGUUACAUGUUGGCCCAGUUGCACAGACUUGUGCUAUAAUCGAUAUUGAUAGGCCAUUUAUCCGAACUGGAGAUCGUGCGACGGUUGCUUUUCGCUUUACCGCACGGCCAGAAUAUCUCGUCGAGGGUGAUCGCCUGCUCUUCCGUGAAGGUCGCACCAAAGGGCUUGGCAUUGUCAAAUCAGUCGGGUACGACCAUUCAAAACCGCUGUCUGGCAAGCCGGCAGAUGGAGGUGGUAAUGGAGAACAGAACAAUGGGCAAGCUGCACCUGGUGCUGAGGUCCAUGUAGGGGCAUGA